GGCACCCGGGGUCCUCACCAUGGAGCGCAGCUCGGCCGCCGUGGGUGCCGUGAGGCGCCUCCGCACGCAGCAGCAGCAGCAGCACCCUCCUCGCCCCAACCACCACCACCAGCAGCAGCAGCCGUGGCGCCCGGACCAGGAGCCCGACGGACUGGACGGCGGGAAGAAGCCGCCGGGCUGCAGCCGGGGAGGAGGAGGAGGAGCGAGGGGCCUCCCGCUGCUGCCGGAGGCGCGCACGGCCCUGGUGCUGCUGCUCUACUUGCUGGCGCUGCGCGGGAUAGCGCAGCUCUCCCUGCGGAGGCUGGUGCAGCCGGCGGAGCGCCGCCCCGGCGAGGAUUUCAGCGCCCCGCGCGCCAGGACUUACCUAGAAAACAUUACUGCAAUUGGGCCCAGAGCAGUUGGAAGUCCGGAAAACGAAAUCUUCACGGUCAACUACCUCUUGGAACAAAUUAAAGCUAUUGAAACUCAAAGCAACCGUGUGCAUACCAUCUCUGUCCAAAUACAGAGGCCCACGGGCAGCUUCCAUCUUGAUUUUCUCGGAGGCUUCACCAGUUACUAUGACAACAUUACUAAUGUCGUGGUAAAGCUCGAACCCAAGACCGGAGCCGAGCAUUCUGUGCUCUCCAACUGCCACUUUGACUCUGUGCCAGAUACUGUCGGGGCCAGCGAUGAUGCAGUCAGCUGUUCUGUGAUGCUGGAGAUACUACACACCCUUUCUAAAUCACCCAAGCCCUUGCAGCAUGCUGUCAUAUUCCUGUUUAAUGGUGCGGAAGAGAGUGUCUUGCAGGCUAGUCAUGGCUUCAUUACUCAGCACCCCUGGGCUAAAUCAGUUAGAGCAUUUAUUAAUCUGGAGGCUGCUGGAGUAGGAGGGAAAGAACUUGUGUUUCAGACAGGACCUGAAAACCCUUGGCUGGUGCAAGCAUAUAUCUCUGCUGCAAAGCACCCUUUUGGUUGUGUCGUGGCUCAGGAAGUGUUUCAGAGUGGCGUUAUCCCCGCAGAAACAGAUUUCCGCAUUUACAGAGAUUUUGGCAACAUUCCAGGGAUAGACCUGGCUUUCAUCGAAAACGGUUACAUCUACCACACGAAGUAUGACACAGCAGACCGAAUUCUGACAGAUUCUAUUCAGAGAGCAGGCGACAAUAUUUUGGGUGUUCUAAAGUACUUAGCGGAGUCGGACAAACUGGCCAAAUCUCAUGAAUAUCGACAUGGAAAUGUUGUCUUCUUUGAUGUCUUUGGCAUGUUCGUUAUGUCCUACCCAGCUCGUGUUGGGUCCAUUAUGAACUAUAUCGUUACAGCAAUUGCGUUUCUUUAUCUGGGGAGAAAAACAUUGCAACUGAGAAAAAGAGUGAGUUACCUGAAGGAACUGGCCAUCGCCUUUGGCUUCUCAAUCCUCAGUUGGUUUGCUGUCUUGAUUGGCGUGCUUAUCAUAGCUGUGUUCAUCUCUCUCCUUGGCCGCUCCCUUUUUUGGUACACCCACUUCCAUGCCUCCGUUUUUCUGUACGGAACUGCAGCCGUGGCUCAACUAAUUUUCUUGCAUACGUUAGCCAAGACAUUCUAUUACAAAAAUACAAGUGAACAGUUCCUGGGAGAGCUCUUCUUUGAUGUUCCAGUUGUCUUAUGGUCAAUUAUGUUGGCUUUGCUUACUUACCUAGGACAUUCCUCAGCAUUUAUCAGCGCAAUAUGGAUUGUGUUUCCUCUACUCACAAAAUUAAUGACCUAUAAGGAACUGAAAGAAAAAGGUGCCACAAUGAAAUUUGUAGCAGUUUACCUCCUGGGAAUGUUUAUUCCAUAUGUCUAUUCAUUAUACCUCAACUGGAUUAUAUUUGAAAUGUUUAUUCCCAUCUUGGGACGCAGUGGUUCAGAAAUUCCACCCGAUGUGGUCGUGGCUGCUUUUAUCGUUUUGGCGACGACAUUUCUGUCUUCCUACUUUCUUAAAUUCAUCUACCUUGCCAAAAGUACAAAGAUGACAAUAAUAACAUUAGCAACUGUUUCUGCCAUCACGUUCGUCCUGGUUUGCAGUGGAAUCUUCUUCCCUUUCAGUUCAGAUUUUGCAAACCCCAGACCAAAGCGAAUCUUUCUCCAGCACAUGAAUCGAAGAUUUCAUAGCCUGGAUGGGCAGUUGGCGAAAAGUGAUUCUGGAAUAUGGAUUAAUGGGCUCGACUAUGGCGGGAUAUCUCAUAUCACUCCUCAUAUACCUGAACUCAACGAUUCCAUUAGAACAAAAUGCGAGGAAGGCGCACCUCUCUGUGGAUUUCCCUGGAUCCUUCCCGUGGACUAUUUAUUCAAGAAAAAUUGGUAUCUUCCUGCUCCAGCCAUCACUCCCAAGAAACCAGUUCACUUUCAGCUUCUCUCCAAAGAGCGAACGCCAUCAGAUUCUACAAAGUUCACCUUUGAAAUAACCGGUCCGAGUCACAUGUCAGUGUAUCUUCGGCCACAUGAAGGUUCAACGCUGUCCAGGUGGUCUCUUGGAGAUGGAACUCCUGUUGCUAAUAAUAUAGGCAAAGAUUAUUUUAUAUAUUAUACACAUGGACUCCAGGCCUCGCCAUGGCGCUUCUGGAUAGAGAUGAAGGCUUCCGAAGAGCCCGCUAAAGGAAUGGUCACGCUUGCUGUGGUUUCGCAGUAUUUAUUUGAAGAAAACAACAACUCUCCUCAGUUGCAGGCCUUACUUGAAAGAUUUCCCAACUGGACUUUUACCUCAGGCUGGGUCUCCACCUAUGAUCAAUUUAUCUUUUAACCCAGAGAUAACACAAAGCAUUGCACUGAAAUCCCCAGUAUGGCAUUCUUCAGCUUAAAAGUUCUCAAGGAUAAAUUGAGUGUGUGUGAACAAAAAUCCUGCAGUUAUUGCUCCUUGUUUUGUCUAGCUAGCCUAACUACGGGCCUGGUUUUUGUCAUAUACAUUAACAGUAUAGCUGAUGAGUUGUUAAAUGUGUGCUUGGGUGUACCACUUCAGACUGCAUUUAUGGAGCUCAUAGGACUGUUGUGUUCUACCACCCCAGAAACACUCCUCUUUCGAGAGGGUGCCUGCCAGGGAGAUUGGUCCUAGCUUUGCCUUUUUCCAGCUGUGCUAAUCUUCCACGCAAGAAUCCUUUCUUUUCUUUUUUUUAAAGGAAGCAAUCUAUCCAUGAGCCCCUCACCUGCUGCCUAAAGCGGUACAUAUAUGCUUGCCAAUUUGUCUUCUGUUUGAGAACCAGGCCCUGGUUACAGAUGUUGGAAGAAACACCCAAGAGGUCAGAGAAUGGAAUGUAUGUAAAAGAUAACCAAUGCUAAAUAAAUUGAUUUUAUGAAAAGG